GCAGAGGUUCAUGGCUUUCCCACCAACGCCCCACAUCGUCAUUUUCCCSUUUAUGGCGCAGGGCCAUACCCUCCCCCUACUUGAUCUCUCAAWGGCUCUCUCACGUCGUGGUCUCAAAGUAACCAUCAUAACCAYCCCAUCAAACGCAACGUCAAUCCUCCCAUGCAUCUCCACCCAUCAACAAAUCAAUCUCCUCGAGAUCCCCUUCCCCUUGGUUGAAGGGCUCCCCAGAGGCUGUGAAAACACCGCCCGGUUACCAUCCAUGGACUUCUACAUCCCUUUCUUGAACGCCACCAAACAGCUCCAAAAACCCUUCCAACAAGUGUUGCAACAAAUGUCCGAAGCUAGAAACCUUCCCACAUGUGUCAUCUCUGAUUUUUUCUUGGGCUGGACACUCGAUUCAUGUCGAGCAUUUGGUGUCCCUCGGCUGGUCUUCCAUGGGAUGGGAGUAUUGCCAAUGGCAAUCUGUAAAACAGUUUGCGUGCAUUCACCACACCUGUUGGUGGCAACAGACUCCGAACCUUUGCACAUGCCCGGUUUGCAGCUGCCUUUCAGGCUGACAAGAGCGGACUUGCCAGAGACGCUUGUGAACCAGGACGAUCCACUCACACAGGCCGCGAUUGAGGUCGGAGCAGCCGACGUUGCGAGCUGGGGUGUGAUUGUUAACAGCUUUGUCGAGAUGGAAAGUAGCCACGUGGCAUCUCUGGAGUCUUUCUAUACCAAUGGGGCCAAGGCCUGGUGUGUUGGUCCCCUUAUUCUCUAUGACAAGAUGGAGGGCUUAGUAAGGUCCAUGGACCAGCAGCAGCAGUCUGCCACAUGUAUAAACUGGCUGACGGAACAAGCCACGCCAUCCUCAGUGAUCUACGCUGCAUUUGGGACCCAAGCUGAUGUGUCAAAUUCUCAGUUGGAUGAGAUAGCUUUUGGGUUGGAGAUGUCCGGAUGUUCUUUCAUAUGGGUCGUCAGAUCCAUGACAUGGUCUCCACCUGAUGGAAUGGAGGAAAGAGUGAAAGGAAGAGGUGUGAUCAUAAGGGAUUGGGUGGACCAGUGGCGCAUCUUGACACACCCUUCGACUGGUGGCUUCUUGAGCCACUGCGGUUGGAAUUCCGUCCUAGAGAGCAUGUCAGCCGGUGUCCCAAUCUUAGCAUGGCCAAUGAUGGCCGAGCAGUCACUGAACGCUAAGUUUGUAGUGGAGGGGCUGCGAGCAGGUUUUAGGGUUGCGAGCAGGACCCAAUUAGGGCCAGAGAACAUAGUUGAGAGAGAGACAAUUAGCCAAGUCGUGAGGGAGCUGAUGGGAGGAGAGAGAGGGAGGAGUGCCAGAAAGAGGGCACAAGCAUUAGGCCGACUGGCCAUGAGAGCAGUACAGCAAGGUGGGUCAUCCUAUGAGCGGUUAAGUGAGCUCAUUGAAGAGCUAAGUGCAUGUGGCCAUCAAAAGUAUUCGGCCUAGAAUCCUCCUACAGCCCUCUGAACUUCUUUGCCCAACAGAGGUAGCCAUUUGGCAAGUGACAGAUCAAUCUUCUCUUUGUGAGCAGCAGACAACUAGCAAAGAAUUAAGAAACCAGUGAGUUUCUCUAUAGUUUGCCGUCAGUUUCACACAUGACACAGUAUAUUACGUACCACCCUUGCUCUAUCAGUUUCUUAUGACCUUCUAAGGUCCCAUAGACACCCAACCUCUUUCAUUAUUAAUAAAAGCCCACAUCAGAGUGAUCUUUCAUCUAUUAUAAUCUUAUCCUUUAGU